AUUAGAUAAUAAUAAUGAUAUACGAGGAGUCAAUGCUAAACAUGAUUAUUUUUCAUUGCCUUUGUCAAAUAGUAGCUCGAUCCAUUUCUUUCUUUCUACUUUCUACUUCCUUCGGUCCUAAAUACCUUUCGUGUUUUGAUUUUCUUGUCAAACAGUGGUACUCUUUAACCCGGAAACCCGAUCCGAAACAUGGCCGCUCAAUUCUUCUUCUUCAUCUUCUUCUUGGUUCUCCUUCAUGCUCUGUUCUUAUUCAACGCCUCUGCGAUUACCCAUUGGCAAGACAUUGAUGCUCUGAAGCAGCUCAAGAACAGCGUGAACCCAGAUUCCGUAACUCCCGGUUCCUGUCUGAGCUCGUGGAAUUUCACGGCGGACCCCUGCGACAGUAUCUUGUCGGAGAAGUUCACCUGCGGCCUCCGGUGUGACGCCGUCGUUUUCUCCGAGUCCCGCGUCACCGAGAUCGCUCUUGAUCGCUCGGGGUACUCUGGUUCUUUGGAAUCCGUUUCUUGGAACCUCCCUUACCUUCAAAAACUCGAUCUUUCUGGGAAUUCUUUCGAUGGGUAUGUCCCCGGCGACUCGUUCUUGAAUCUGACUCGGCUUCGGGUGCUGAGUCUCUCUCGCAACUCGUUCUCCGGCUGGAUUCCGAGCUCGCUCGCGUCGCUCUCCGCCCUGGAGGAAGUCUACCUCGACGGGAACAGGUUCGAGGGGCCCGUUCCGAGUCUGGGCGGUUUGAAGAACCUGACGAGGCUGGAGCUACAGGACAACUCGUUCUCCGGCGAGUUCCCCGAACUCGGCGGGCUGGCCUCGCUGCGCUUCGUCGACGCCAGCAACAACGCCUUCUCCGGCGAGAUGCGGGCGAGUCUCCCGUCGUCCCUCGUGGAGCUCGUCGCGAGGAACAACAUCAUAGAAGGGAAUAUCCCGGCGGGCAUCGCCGGGUUAUCCUCCCUGCAGGUGCUGGACCUGAGUCACAACCGACUCACCGGGUCAGUCCCGGCGAGUCUCUUCACCCACCCGUCCCUCCAACAGGUGAACCUCUCGCACAACAAAUACGGGUCGGUGCAAGAACCCGACCCGAAUUCUAUCAACACCAGUCAACUGGUCGCCGUUGACCUGACCCACAACGAGAUCCGCGGGUCCUUACCCGAAUUCCUCGGGUUGCUGCCCCGACUAUCCUCCCUCUCUCUGGAGUACAACAAGCUCUCGGGCAUGAUACCGGCCCAAUACGCCCUGAAAGGGUCGGGCUCGGGUUCAAGUUCGGGUCGGGUCGGAGAAAACCCGUCGCAGUUCGAGAGGCUUUUGUUGGGCGGGAACUACCUGUUCGGGGCGAUACCGGGUCCGUUUCUGAAAGCGGAGCCGGGUUCGGUCACGAUCCGAUUGGGGGACAAUUGCCUGUACCGAUGCCCACGGAAGUUUGCUGUGUGUCAGGGCGGGGAACAGAAAUCAUUAUCGGAGUGCAAAGCCUUUGGGCCCACAACCCUUCAUUGAACAGCUAAACAAAUGUCAGAGAUAAUGUACUCCACACAUUAAUUUAUGUCCAAUUUAUGCAAUGUUUUUUACU